UCAUUUAGUUUAUUUCAAAUUUGCCUGAUGCCAUGUCUAUUUUUAUCAGGUAUAAUACACUUUUAGACUAAUUCAAGCAAAUUAAUGUUAGAAGCUUUGACUGUGACUGUAAAUGACAAAUGACUGUAAAACUUUGUGCUCUCCUCCUGUAUGACCACAAGGGUGUCUGUCUUGUUUACACAUAAUAUUAUUAUUUUAUUAUUUCAGCCUGUGUCAAACCCCAGGCUAAAGAGGCUCAGUCUUAAUAUUCAUUUUAUCCAAUGAGUCUGGUAGGAUCUAUAGUGACAAGAGCUGUACUUUUUACGUAAGGCAUACUUCCCCAACAGUGAGCCCUCUUACUGGAGGAAUUACAGGUGUCUUACAUCCCUCACGUCAUCACUUGAGACUAUCACAGUCUGAUCUGUGGCACUUUCACUUUUCCAAUUAAGCUUUAAGACUUGCUUGUCCUUUUUGUGCCUUCCAGGGUUCAUCUGCAUACCUGCCAGAUCCUGUUCUAUAUCAUGCAGUGGAUGCAUUUUGUUAUAUAACUAAUCCAAACUUACACAUACGUAAAAAAAAAAAAGUGUUAGUAAAUUAAAUGACUAUGAUGGAGCUCAAAAUAUCUCUGAGAAAAACUGAUUUACUGUUGCUUUAUUUCUUAUUCUACAGUGCCAUAGAUUUGGCCACUGCUGUAGUAAACAUAGGCAAAUGAUGGAUCAACACUUAUACUGGUGUUGGAGCUAGUUUGCGGUUUAACUAACCUCUCAAACAAGAUUUAUCUUAUUCUAUUUUGUGUCUUAACCUAAUUUACUGAGUUUUACUUACAGUUCAAAAUUAGUUUAUUGCUUUGCGGCUGAUUAUCACUGCCAAGUGGCACCACACGACUGUAAUUUGAUUGUGACCUAAUCCUAUCAGAAGUCUUUAAAAGAAAGUAUAAAAGCUAAAGUCAGAUGUGUAGCACCAGUCACCCAAGGAGGCUGCAAGUGACAAGAAAGGCUGACUGCUGAAGACCUCCCUCUAAGAUCAGAAUGGCAGAAGAGUGGGGAAAACAGGCUUUUGCUGCGAGGCGGUACCAUGAAGACACAACAAGGGGAUCUGCCUUCGUUUACACAAACACCAACCAUACCCGAGAUCCCUUUGAGGGUCCCAAUUACCACAUUGCUCCACGAUGGGUUUACAAUGUUGCAACUCUCUGGAUGUUUUUUGUGGUCGUGGCAUCAGUCUUCACCAAUGGCCUCGUCCUGGUCGCCACAGCAAAGUUCAAGAAACUUCGUCACCCACUGAACUGGAUCUUGGUCAAUCUUGCAGUUGCUGAUCUUGGAGAGACAGUUUUUGCCAGCACCAUCAGUGUAUGCAACCAGUUUUUUGGUUACUUCAUUUUAGGACACCCAAUGUGCGUCUUUGAGGGCUACACUGUCUCUGUCUGUGGCAUUACGGGUCUGUGGUCCUUGACUAUUAUCUCCUGGGAGAGAUGGAUAGUUGUGUGCAAACCUUUUGGAAACAUCAAGUUUGAUGCCAAAUGGGCUUCAGCUGGAAUUAUUUUCGCCUGGGUCUGGUCGGCAGUGUGGUGUUCUCCCCCCAUCUUUGGCUGGAGCAGGUACUGGCCCCAUGGACUGAAGACUUCCUGUGGACCUGAUGUAUUCAGUGGAAGUGAAGACCCUGGAGUCCAGUCCUACAUGAUUGUUCUUAUGGUUACUUGUUGUCUCAUCCCCUUGGCUAUUAUCAUCUUGUGCUACCUUGCCGUCUGGUGGGCUAUCCAUUCUGUUGCCAUGCAGCAGAAGGAAUCAGAGUCGACCCAGAAAGCUGAGAAAGACGUAUCCAGAAUGGUGGUUGUCAUGAUCCUGGCAUAUUGUUUCUGCUGGGGACCGUACACCUUUUUUGCCUGCUUCGCCGCGGCCAAUCCUGGAUAUGCCUUCCAUCCUCUGGCUGCUGCCAUGCCUGCAUACUUUGCCAAGAGCGCCACCAUCUACAACCCAGUCAUCUAUGUCUUCAUGAACCGACAGUUCCGCACAUGCAUCAUGCAGCUCUUUGGCAAACAAGUGGAUGAUGGCUCUGAAGUAUCCACAUCAAAGACAGAAGUCUCCUCCGUGUCUCCAGAAUAA